UUCGGCAUGCCGGUAUUGAGCAGCGUGUGUGUUCGGGAUGCCGGGGGCUCGGUGCUGCCUGGCGGGUUCUGGGCGGCGGUGUCGGUGUGGCUGGAGAAGGCUCAGGUGCUGAAUAAGAGGCUGUGCGGCUCGUGUAUAGAGCGGAGCUGGGAUUGGAGGAAGGCAGAGGAGGAGGGAGAUGGGACUCUGCGGGGGCUGCUCCCUCUGCUGGCUGGGCUGACCUGCCCCGGAGGAGAUGAGGAGGUGCUGAGAGCCAUCAGAGCCAAUGAGGAAUCAGAAGAGGGCAGGCUCCUCCUUCUGAGGAGCCUCAUCCCCAAAUCCAACCCCCAUUACACCUGUACGGAUCCCCGGAGGGAGCUCGUCAUCAAAGAUGCCUCCAGCAGAGUGGUGACAUUUAUACCACUGGAAGAGCCAAGCCAGGGACAUAUUCAGGUCAAGAAAAACAACAUUUAUCAAAUCCGUCUCGCACACGUUCGCAGAUGAUGAAUGGUCGCUCUCCCUGAUUACUCUAUAUUCGGAAGACUGGGACUCUGACGGCGUUGUAAUACCCAAAAAUCUCCUGGAUGAAAGAUGAGCUUCUGCCAAGGCUGGCAAAGUGGUCCACGGAGGAGAGGAAAAGCGACUUUAAGAGCACCCUGUCUCUCAUUGCUGUGGGUAAAUAUAGCAAGCUGUAUCAGAGCCUGAAGGAGAAGUACAAAGAUAUGGUGAAGGUCUGGCCUGAAGUGACAGACCCUGAAAAGUUUGUGUACGAGGAUGUCGCCAUAGCAACCUACUUAUUAGUUUUAUGGGAAGAAGAGCGAUUUGUGAACAAUUUAAAAAAGAAGCAAUCUUUCAUUGACUUGGGAUGUGGAAAUGGACUCUUGGUUCAUAUUUUAACCAAUGAAGGGCACCCAGGUCGAGGCAUUGAUGUCCGAAGAAGAAAAAUAUGGGAUAUGUAUGGACCACAAACCAUUUUAGAGGAGUGUGCCAUCACCCCAAGCGAUGAACAUUUGUUUCCAGAUGUAGACUGGAUAAUUGGCAACCAUUCAGAUGAGCUUACACCAUGGCUUCCUGUCAUUACAGCCAGAUCCUCCUACUCCUGUCGCUACUUUGUACUACCUUGCUGCUUCUUCAAUUUCUAUGGCAAAUACAAUAGAAAGUCCAGUAAGAAGACUCAGUAUCGAGAAUACCUGGAUUUUGUCGCUGAUAUUGGAACUCAGUGUGGCUUUAAUGUGGAGGAGGAUUGUCUAAGAAUUCCAUCAACCAAAAGGGUGUGCCUUAUUGGAAAAUCAAGAAAUUACCUACCAGAGAAGGAAGAACAGAUUGAUAGGGAGAGGACAAAGUACAUAGCCUGUCAUUCUAAUGAUACAUCAGACUCUGCAUGUACCAGAGAAGAUAAUGUGCUCUGUGAUCACUCUGCAAAUGGAGAAGAAAGCUCAGAUGUUUCCCUGAUGGUCCAGAGACAGGACAUAAGAACUGGCUGUCAUCGUUCCGGCCUAGAGACAAGGUGGAGCAGAUUAGGAAUUGUGCUUUGCUUCCCAGAGACUUUGUUGAUAAAGUAGUUCAGCAGGUUGCAAAGCUAUUACUACAUCGGAACACAGAGGAGAACCCAGAGCUCAUUGAUAAUGAAAUACAGGCGAAGUGGAACAGAGGCAGAUGUCUUACAAUACGAGAAGUAGCUGAUGUCCUGGGCAAGGAGAUAUUACAGAGACUGAAGAAUGAAUGUGGAGGCCUACAGACACUGCUCAGAAACCAUCACCAAGUCUUUGAAGUCAUGAAUUCCAGGGUUUCUAUACGUGACUGGAGCCAAGAUGAGAAAACGCCAUCAAACAAAACCAAAGCGGAAGCCAAAAAAAAAGACUUUUACCCGAUGUUUUAAAAACAAGACUGUGCUGGUUUUAUGUAAACCACCCUAACGGCUGCCCUCGUGUCGCCUGCAAGUGCCCUUACGCACAUGGGCCUGGGGAGCUGCGGCCAAGUACACUUACUGACAGGAAAAAACACAGACCUCACGAAUCCCUUUAA